AGUAUUUGAAUAUUUGAAAUAAAUAGUAUUACAAUAGAAAGUAAUAUUAUAUUAGAUAUAUAUAUAAAAUUUAAUUGUAUAAUAAGUGGUUCAGAUAAUAACUAAAUAAUUUGAUUGUUUAAAUUACAAUAUCAAAGAUGUGGUAUUCACAGAUAAAUGGUACAACUGUUUUAUUGUGGUAAAUCCAUAACAGAGGAACAGAAAGAAACAACAUUUUUGUGAAGUGGCUUUUUGUGAAAAUAACGAUAUGAAGGAAAUCGAAAUAGAACGUGAUGAUUACGUUUUCGAAUUCAACUACGAUGACUGUGUUUUUAUGGAAUUAGAUUUUAAUAAACUAAAAUACGAUGAUUUUUUUCAUAGUUGCAUGUAUAAAAAUAUGCCCUGCAUUAUUAAAAAUGUCAGUUCAACUUGGGAAUGCACAAGAAAAUGGAUAGAUAGUGAUCUGAUAAACUAUGAUCACUUUACUGAUAAUUAUGGUGAUUUAGAAGCACCUGUUGCAGACUGUAAUACAGUAACAUACAAUGCACAUUGUAAGAGUAAUAUGAGUGUUGAUGAUUAUGUGGGCUACUUAAGAAAGAGUGAAAGAGAAAAACUACUCUAUCUUAAAGAUUGGCAUUUAAGAAAAAUAAGACCUAAUGAUGAGUUCUAUGAAGUUCCCUUUAUCUUUGCUUCUGAUUGGCUCAAUGAGUAUGCUCUAGAUCAUAAAGAAGAUGAUUUUAUGUUUGUUUAUAUUGGCCCUGAAAAGUCAUGGACACCAUUACAUGCAGAUGUCUACAAUUCAUACAGCUGGUCUGUAAAUAUAGUGGGUAAAAAAAGAUGGAUAUUAUUUCCACCACUUGAAGAAGAAAAAUUAAAAGAUUCAUUAGGAAACUUGCCAUUACUUUUUGAGUAUGAAAUGUCUGAAGGUAUAAAAUAUUUUGAGAUAAUACAAGAACAAGGUGAUGCAAUAUUUGUGCCUUCUGGUUGGCACCAUCAAGUAGUCAAUUUACUAGACACAAUAUCUAUUAAUCAUAAUUGGAUAAAUGCAUGUAAUUUAGAACUUGUAUUUAAAGCACUACAAAAUAGUUUAUCUUCUAUAGAAAAUGAAAUCCAAGAAUUUAAAGAUACUCCUGAAUUUUAUUCACAAUGUCAACUAAUAUUGAAAUCACUCUUUGGAAUGGAUGUUACAUCUUUUAUGAAUUUUUUAUGUUACAUUGGUAACAAAAGGCUUGGUCAAAUUAAAAGUGAAAAUAAUAUAAGCUUUGGAAAAUAUAAACUGGGAAAGAAACUUAUCAAACUUGAUCUAAAUAGUAUAUUAAAUGUUAUAAACAUAAUAUAUAGUAAACCCACAUUUUUAAAUAAUUAUUUAUCACCAAAUAAUAUUAAAGACUUACUUUAUAUAAAAAAAUUAAUUGUACAACACCCAGACAUUAAUAUGUCUUAA